AGUUCAUUAUUAUGGGUUUCAAUUUUAUCUAACAAUAUUGUUGUCUCUUUGGCGGAAAUAUUAUUAUUCUAGUGUUGUCUCAACGCUUUGAUAAUGAAAACAUACACAUAUGAGUCGAUUUGAUUGAUGUUUUUGGCUUGGAAUCGAAUGUAAUGCUUCUAAUUCAUUCCUUUCUCAUGUUAAAAACUGUAGUUCUGUUAUUGUGAUAGUGUUCAAAAAUUGUUGAUUAACAGUGUUGUAACUUUAUCAAGGUAUUUUUGGUAGAAGGAGACAGAAAUAUCUUGAAAAAUGAGUAAUCUGAGAAUAGGAGUGCUUGGCGCCGGUAUAGUUGGCCUCACAACCGCUGAGGAACUGACGAGGCAGUAUCCGUCAGCUGACGUCACAAUAAUGGCCGACAAAUUCAAUGUGGAAACCACAAGUGACGGAGCUGCCGGGCUAUUCAUGUUGGUGUCCAAGUUUAGGGGGCCCACUGAGGAGCUAACAAGAAAGUGGGUGCAGGAUUCGUAUGAUUAUUACAUGGAACUACUACAUAAAGACUGUGGAAUCUUCGAGAUUUAUGGCUAUUCACUUUCUGAUUCAACAAGAGACGCAUGCUGGUGUCCAAUCAUGGCCAGUGUGCUCCCCCUCUACCGUGCUGCUACACAUGAAGAGCUGAUUCAGUUCCCAGGAAACUGGAAGCAUGGCAACUAUUCUAAAGCACUCAUAGCACGAGCAAGAACGUUUUUGCCCUGGACUUUGAAAAGGUUGGAGUGCAAUCCAAAUGUGAAAAUUGUGAGGAGAUUAGUGAACAGCCUGAGAGAUCUUGAGAGUGAAUUCGAUGUGAUAUUCAAUUGUAGUGGCUUGGGAGCUGCUCGAAUCUGCAAUGAUCCAUUUGUGAUUCCAAUAAGAGGACAAGUCAUGAAGGUUGAAGCACCAACAGUCGACGAGUUCUGCCUAGCGGGCCGCAGUUACAUAAUUCCCAGCGGUCACGGCGUGGUCACACUGGGUGGCACACAUCAGUUCGGCUAUGACUCCACCCACAUCAACGCCAAUGACAGCGCUGGUAUCCUUGCACGAUGCUCUGCUCUGCUACCGGAGCUCAAAUCUAGCAGAGUUCUCUGGGAAUGGGCUGGCCUACGGCCUUACAGACAUGUGACCAGGGUAGAGGCGGAAACACUAGGUCAACUCAAGGUGGUGCAUAAUUACGGUCAUGGCGGAAGUGGAUUAACGACUGGCCCAGGCACCUCGAAGUAUGCUGUGGCUCAGCUGAAACACAUUAUGCUGUCAAACUCAAAACUUUAGAAACCAUGAGAUGGAUGAGUGCUUACCAGAAAAUUGAAGACUGAUGAAAUUGGUGAAGAACGUUUGUGAAAAGAUAUUUUUUCAGACGAAGAAAGGAAUAAAAACAAGGAAGAAGGAACUCUCAAUAAAGAUAUUUUCUCCAAGA